AUGAUCUACUCCUUUUGGAUUUUCGACAGACACAGUGAAUGCAUAUACACCAAGGAAUGGAGCGAACAGCCGACAUAUGGACCGACCAGCAACCAUUCUCACAACGCCAGCAUCUCAUCCAACCACAGCUUUGGAUCGGCCCAGGGCAGCGUGGGGUCUUCUCGACGAGCAUCUCGAAUCGAAGGCAUUCCGUCGGUCAACACAUCGAUCCACCCGGUGGCAAAACGGAACCGUGAGGACGACGCCAAACUGAUUUUCGGCGCUGUCUUUUCGCUCAGAAACAUGGCAACCAAGUGGGCCGGCGAAAAUGGCACGGACUCGUUUGUCAGCUUCAAGACUAACAAAUACAAGCUGCACUACUUUGAGACACCCACUAACCUGAAAAUGGUGCUGCUGACGGAUCCCUCACGGCCGAGCUUGCGAGACGCUCUCCAUGACAUUUACGUCAAUCUGUUUGUGGAGUACGUUAUUAAGAAUGCCCUUUCGCCCCAGGAGUUUUCCUCGACAAACCCCAUCGACAACGACCUCUUUAACAACGGCGUGGAUACGUACAUCAAGGGCCUCGCAUAG